AUGGCUUCCGAAGCUCCAGAAACCCCAAACUUUGGGCAGCGAUAUGUCAUUCUCAACUUGGACUGGAUGGCACUGCUUCUUGGUGCUGUCGAGACUACACCCGAGGGUCAAGCAUUGAUCCAAAGAACUACACUAAAGGGAAUGACUCCGUCCACAAAAAUCAUCUCGUCCUUUGACCAUCUUCACAACACUCGCUUUUACCCAUGGCCAACCGGAAGUGGAAGGUGGAAAGCCUUUUGCGAAGCUUAUUACUCCGUUUGGAGAAUCAAGACUGGUACUCCUGAAACUAAAAUCGACAAACGCUUUAUUGUGGAUGAGAACGAUGUUAUCCUUGCAAAGACAAGAUGGUCAGCAACAUCCGGUAGUGCCCCGAAACAAAUCUUGAAAGCACAGAAUAUCGACACGGUGAUCAUUUCGGGGCUGUCCCUAUCUGGUGUUCUUAUGAGUACGAUCUAUCACCUUUUCGAGCUCGAUUACGAUAUUUAUGUGAUCGAAGGCAAUGUGCUGGAACUACCCCCAAGUGACACAACCGAGUUGAAAAGGCUUUUUUCUUCAAAAGCUUCUCUGCAAAAUGAACCUGCAUGUUGUAUCACUUGA